AUGACAGACGCCCCCGUGGCACCAGCGAAAUCGAAGCCCACAACUAAGAGCUCUAAAUCAGGCACAGCUGAAGGUAGCUCUGACAAGAAGCGAUUUGAGGUUAAAAAGUGGAACGCCGUCGCGCUCUGGGCAUGGGAUAUUGUUGUAGACAACUGUGCCAUCUGUCGAAACCACAUCAUGGAUCUCUGUAUCGAGUGUCAGGCGAACCAAGGGUCCUCAACAGCAGAAGAAUGUACUGUUGCGUGGGGAAUCUGCAAUCAUGCCUUCCAUUUUCAUUGCAUUUCACGAUGGUUGAGGACGAGACAAGUGUGCCCCUUAGAUAACAGAGACUGGGAAUUCCAGAAAUAUGGCCGAUAA